AUGCUUCGACUAGUGCGUCCAACCAUCACAAAACUCAACUUGCUACGAAGCCUUUCGUCAGGAACGAAGCUCUUUGCUAGCAGUUAUUCAACAUCUAAAAGUCCACAAAGCACAGAUGAGGCCAGUUUGUUGGCAUCAAAAUUUAAACAUGAUAUUGAGGUAUUAAAACCAUAUUUCCGCCCUGAUUCAGCUGAAUUAGACAUCAUUCCUUCGGUCGAAGACUUGGCUUUCCCAGAGAAGUAUUUUCUCGCAGAGAAAGCAGCUAGAGACGCUGGAAUCGUGUUGGAGAAGAAAGCAUUAUCAGGGUCGAACGUGAUGGAUAUAGCCAAAAUUUUGGAAGACGAGGGCAUGGAUGAUGUAACAGUACUUGAUGUAAGGGCAAAGUGCGAUUGGACAAGUUGGAUGAUUAUUGCCACUGGAAAGAGUGUGAGGCAUAUGAGCGGUGUUGUGGAUGAUGUUUAUAAAGCGUUUAAAAGUUUCAUAAAGAAGAACAGGGAUAAGUCGGAUCUUCAGUCGGCUUCAGAUAACGUCUACCCAAUAGUCGAGGGUCGCGACUCUGAAGAUUGGAUUCUUGUCGAUUGUGGUGAUGUAGUGUUGCAUCUGUUCAUGCCUGAAGCUAGAUCAAUGUAUGACCUAGAGUCAUUAUGGGGAAGUAUUCCAGAGAGUGUGACAGCAGGGCAGACUAUGGCAGGCAAUGUUAGAAAGAGUUUGGAUGAAUAUGAUCCAAAAUUUAAGAAACGCCCACCGCUCCCUGUAUAA